CGAAGACACGCCUCCUAUUUUUGUUCUGUUCGAAAUGGAAAAGGCUGUUCCAUUGCGGCCCACCACCUCGAAAGGAACAAAAAAAAUCUAGUUAAUGUAUUUGUCUUGUUCCUGGGGACUCCAUUCGCUGGGCGGAGUCAAUAAGUUGACUAGCCCGGAAAAAAGUCAUGCGUUUGUGUGAGUCAGAUGUCUCCAUUUCUGUACUGCUUUUGGCCUCGAGAAUGAUGACAUGUGUAGGUAACGGUCGAUUUGCCCCAAACUUUAAAUUACCGGAGCGAAGACGUUAAUCUAUGCUGGGUUACCUAAGAAGGAGAUGGAUGGGUCUGAGCCAGCAGAGAGCUCUCAAUGGGACGGUAGAUGUGGAGGCAGUUGGACGGCCAAACUGCGCGGCUACAAGCUGAAAGACGUUUUCACAUGGCGUCUACUAAAGACCAUCGCCAUGGGGCAGGCUCUGUCCAUGCUGAUUUGCGGCACAGCAGUCUGCUGCCAGUACCUGGCCGAAGCGGGGGUGGAGACGCCCAUGCUCCAGAGCUUCCUCAACUACGUCCUGCUGCUGCUCACCUACACAGCUUCGCUCAGCCUCCAGAAAGAUGAUAGGAAUAUGUUUCAGAUUUUAAAAACAAAAUGGUGGCGGUAUUUACUGAUGGGGCUGACCGAUGUUGAGGCCAACUACGCUGUAGUGAAAGCGUACCAGUUUACAACGUUGACCAGCAUACAGCUGUUGGACUGCUUUGUGAUCCCAGUGUUAAUGGUGCUCUCCUGGAUCUUCCUCAAGACACGCUAUAGCCUGGUGCACUUUGUGGCUGUGUCCGUGUGUUUGCUUGGAGUGGGGGCCAUGGUAGGGGCUGACCUACUGGCUGGGAGAGACCAGGGAUCCACCAGUGAUGUGUUGCUAGGAGACGGUCUGGUACUGGUGAGUGCUGCACUGUAUGCAGUGUCUAACGUGUGUCAGGAAUACACUGUGAAGAACCUCAGCCGGGGGGAGUUCCUGGGCAUGAUGGGGCUGUUUGGUACCUUGAUCAGCGGCAUACAGCUGGCUGUAUUGGAAACCAACGCAGUAGCAGAUAUAAAAUGGAACUGGAAAAUCAUCCUGCUGUUUGCGGCCUAUGCCUUCUGCAUGUAUGCCCUGUACAGCUUCAUGCCCCUGGUAGUCAAGAUGACCAGUGCCACAGCAGUCAAUCUCUCCCUGCUAACCUCUGACCUCUUCAGCCUCUUUUGUGGCAUGUUCCUCUUCCACUUUGCUUUCUCAGGCCUGUACAUUGUGUCAUUUGUGGUAAUCACUGUGGGCUUUGUAAUGUUCAACGCCAUGCCCACCUACACACCUGUGCCUGAGUUGACCUCCAUCGGCGAAGAGUUUGAGGAGCUGAGGGGGAAGGUCUACCUGAAAGACUACGAGCCAGGAGAGACCACCACAGAAGUGCUACUGGAGGGAAGGGGGACAGAAGAGACUGAGACGCUGACAUGCUUCACAGAAGAACACGGCACAAAGAUGUAACCCAAAAGAUUAGUGUGAAUUUGCCGAGUUAGUUCUGCAUUUCCCCCCAACAAUGGUUAUGUUCUGGAUAGGGGGAGGGGAGGUCUUAUAUCUAUAUUAAGGCUGUUCCAUAGUUUAAAAUGCAUAGAUCUACAAGUAUUUGGGCUAGUGGACACCAGGGGUGACAAUUAGCCAGUAUGUAGUCCCGUCAGAAUAAAUAUUGGAGGUAUGCUUUACUGGUAAAACAUGACUCACACUCAUUUUCCAAGCACAACUGCUGCAACUAGUCCUAAUAACAGUUGUUGAAUUGCAUUACAAUGUCGAUUGUUACAAGUGAUUUUUGUAACAGUCCCUUUUUCUUCACCAAACAUACCUGGGUAGCUGACUGGAGCACCCUUAAAGGGAUUAUUUAAAGGUUCAGCCUGGGUACAUGAUCAAACAAACUGUACUUAGAAAUAUGCAGGGUAACUGUGGAGCAGCCUUUACUCCCAUUAAGGAGCAUUCCAUCUGGAUCGACCUUUAGGGGAACCCUUAGACCAGAGCGUAGCUCGCCUCCUACAGACCAAUGAUACUUGCAAAUGAAUCCUACUCCCAGAUCUGUUUAUUCCAUGACAUUGCAAUGACCAUAAAAGUUGUCUAUACAGCACCAGCAGUUUCUUUGUGACCAGGCUAGUGCCCUAUGUACUGUUACCGAUAGUUUAUGAGACGUCAAACUCCAGAAACAAUGUAUGUACGUUCAUUACCAAUGCAUACGAAGACAUGCCAUUGUAGAUUCAUAUGCACCUCUGCCUACAGCAAAUUAUUAGUUGGCUUGCAUUUUCCCAUUCAGACCAACUGCCCAUAGCAGAGUUUUACAUGUUGAAUCAGGACCAACUACAAGCAAUUAUGUCAAGGGGUGAACAGUCUUUAAAGUACACAUAGAUUGUUAGGUUGGCAGUAAUUGGAUAGGUACCUAUUAUAGGUGAAUAGAAGCAUUUGUGCUUUUUCCUUUUGUAUUUUUCUAACACUUAUGUUCUGCCUUCUUUUUAAACAAAUCAGUGUGUGGUGUUUAUUUUUUUUAAAUAUUUCUUUUAAUAUUUUUCAAAGCACAUUAGAAAUGGCAGGUCCUAUAUAUUUAUUUGAGCUGUUCCAGGUUGCUACAACCAACAUAGUCAACAGUUGUCACUGUCUUUUUAUGAUUUUGGUGCCGCAGAUCUUCUGAAAAUAAGGUAAAUGGAUACAUUUCAUUUUUGUCUGCCAAAAAUAUCCCUUUGCAAAAGUUCUAUUUAUUGAUGAUAAUAAAGUUUUCUAUUAUCUUGUA